GACGCGGCGGCGGCGGCAGCAAGAUGGCGGCCAAGUCGGAUGGCGGCGGCGGCGGCGGCGGCGGCGGCGGCGGCUUCGCCCAGCUGCACAACCUGGACGAGGCGGCGGCGGCCGCAGGCGGCGGCGGCGUCGGGGCAGCGGCGGCCGAGGUGGCGGAGGAGCCGGGCGGCAGCAGCUCCUUGCACAUCUGCCACUGCUGCAACACGUCGUCUUGCUACUGGGGCUGCCGGAGCGCCUGCCUGCGGAACCUUUUCGGGCGGGCGGCCGCCGCCACCGCCGCCGCCGAGCCGCUGGCCCCGCGCCCCCCCGCCGCCGCCGAGGGGCCGCCGGAGGCCGGCGAGGCGGCCGAACGGCCGUGGCUGGACUGCCUGUGGAUCGUGCUGGCGCUGCUGGUGCUGCUGGGGGACGUGGGCACGGACCUGUGGCUGGCGCUGCACCACUACGGCCGGCGGGACUACUUGUGGUGCGGCCUCACCCUGGCCUUCGUGCUGCUGCCCUCGGUGCUGGUGCAGAUCCUGAGCUUCCGCUGGUUCGUGCAGGACUUCACGGGCGGCGGGCUGGGCGCCGUGCAGGGGCUCAGCAGCCGCGGGCCGCCCAUGAUGGGGGGGACCGCGGGCCGGCGCGGGGGACCCGCCGGCGGGGUAGGAGGAGCCGCCGGCACCGUCACCCCCGGGGCGCAGCGCCUCUGCAGGAUCUCCGUCUGGGUCUGGCAGUCCGUCAUCCACCUGCUGCAGAUGGGGCAGGUGUGGAGGUAUAUCCGAACUAUGUACCUGGGGAUCCAGAGCCAGAGGCGGAAGGAACACCAGCGGCGUUUCUACUGGGCUAUGAUGUACGAAUAUGCAGACGUAAACAUGCUGCGCCUCCUGGAAACGUUCCUCGAGAGCGCCCCUCAACUGGUGCUACAGCUCUGCAUAAUGAUCCAAAAGAACCGUGCAGAAACAUUACCAUGUGUGUCCUCUGUGGCCUCCCUGAUGUCCCUGGCUUGGGUGCUAGCCUCCUAUCACAAGCUUCUUCGGGACUCUAGGGACGACAAGAAGAGUAUGAGCUACAGAGGGGCCCUCAUCCAUCUCUUCUGGCGCAUCUUCACCAUCUCAUCCCGAGUUAUUUCUUUUGCUCUCUUUGCUUCCAUCUUCCAGCUCUACUUUGGGAUCUUUGUAGUGGUCCAUUGGUGUGCCAUGGCUUUCUGGAUCAUCCAUGGUGGGACAGACUUCUGCAUGUCUAAGUGGGAGGAGAUCCUCUUCAACAUGGUGGUAGGGAUUGUGUACAUUUUCUGCUGGUUUAAUGUCAAGGAAGGGCGGACUCGAUACCGAAUGUUUGCGUAUUACACGGUGGUCCUGACGGAGAACGCGACCUUGACGCUCCUUUGGUAUUUUUACAGAGAUCCCGACACCACUGACUCAUAUGCCGUGCCAGCACUGUGUUGUGUCUUUCUUAGCUUUGCUGCUGGGAUAGCUCUGAUGCUGUUAUAUUAUGGUGUGCUGCAUCCCAUGGGGCCAAGAGCUAAGAUCUUUGCCAGCUCCUGUUGCGCCGAGCUGCUCUGGGGCAUUCCUUUGCCCCCCGAUGUUGAGCCCAUGGCGCCCCAAACCCCUGGGUACCGGGGGGCCCAGGCUACGCCCACCAGAGCGGUCACGGAGCAACAGGAGGAACUCACAGCUGACACUUGCUUGCCCGUUUUCCAGGUGAGAGCAAUGGUUCCAUCUACUCCAUCUGGGCGACCCUACCCCCCCGAGGGGCCUCUCAUUAAGAUUGACAUCCCAAGAAAAAGAUAUCCUGCCUGGGAUGCUCAUUUUGUAGACAGGAGGUUAAGAAGAACUAUCAACAUCCUCCAAUAUGUCACCCCCACAGCUGUAGGUAUUAGGUAUAGAGAUGGACCUCUCUUAUAUGAGUUGCUACAAUAUGAAUCUUCACUUUAAAAGCUCCUUAAAGCAAAAGUAAAAGAGGGGACCUUAUUUUUGUUUACGGUAAACACAGAUCAUGAAACAAACACAAACCUUCAGAUAAGCUUUCUUUCUGGUUGCUGUAUGUAUAAAAAAAAAGAAAAAAAAAGAUAUUCUCUAUGUUUUGUAAGUAAAAACAAAAAGAAAAACUUUUCUUUUGUUUUUUACACACAAGAAACAGUAUUUCAACUUCCACACCUAGGAUUCACAGGUGGAGAAGGAGGCAUCUCCACAUCAGUUUUAUACCGUACACCAAGUGUAGAACAUUAUUUAUGGGAUUGGUGCUGAUUGAAAAAUAAAAAAAAAACAAACAAACAAACCUACAACUGCCUUAUGCCCUUAGGUGCUGAGUUUCAUUAAGUACUGUCACCUUUCUCAUGCAAAACUCUUUGAUGAUUAUAUGCCAGGAAAAAAAAAAAAGAAAAAGAAAAAAAAAACCGAAACAAAACAAAAAACCAACUGAAAUGCAAACCUUAAAAGUAAAAAAAAAAUAGUUAAAAAAAAAUGAACAACAACAACAAAAAGAGAGAAAUGUAUGAAAAAGAAAAAUCCUGUUGCUUUUAUUGGAUUUAACAAAAAAAAAAAAAAAGCCCCAAAUAUCUAAAGAUAAGAAAGCAAAGCCAAGACACCCCUAAUGGAGUUUGGUUUUUCCAACAGCUGAAAAAGACAAAAUCAGGUCUGUAAGAUAAUUUGGCAAGGAAUUUAUAGCACCAGUUGGCCAAGCCCCUGAGCCUUGACCGAGUCGUGUUAUGAACACGAUCCCACCACGAAACCGUUUUCCUUGUGGAGACGGAUCACGUGGAAUGGUGGCUUUGCACCAGAUUAGUGUGAUAACGAUGGAUCUGAUCUUGUUUCCAACAAUUGCACGUGCUAAAGCACCACUGUCUCCAGUGGAGCAAACACCAACAGCCUGAGCCCAGAAUAAGGCCUGCCACCUUGAAUUCUGGAAAAUACCAAAUCAUUGAAAUUAUAUACCAAAAACAUCCUACGGAAGUCCAUUUACACAUAUCUAAUAAUUAUUUCAGUAAUAAUAAAACUCAGCAUGGUAGCAAAAAGCGAGUCAAUUUAAAGGCACAAUACUUGAUCAGUGACUGGCAAAAUAAUUUGACCUACUGUAUCAUUUUAAGGCUGUGAAAGGCAUACAUGUAUUAUUUGUAAUCUUGUGUAAGACCUGUCAUGUCUCAUUCAGUGCGAGCCUUAAAGUGAUUGUAAAGCAUCCUUUUGUUCCAUUUUGGGGAUUUUUGGGUUUUGAUUUUUUGUUUUUGUUCUGUUUUGUUUUUAAGGAAAACAAAACAUGAAAAGUCGGGAUAUAAAAAAAAAAACAAACAAAAACAAACAAAAAAAAGGCAAACAAACAACAACAAAACAACCAACAAACUUCUUCAAACGGUAAUAACCUGUAAACUGACUCACGUCUCGAGAUGAUUUGGUGCUUUGUAUUUUUCGUUGAUGUUGUUGUUGUGAUUUAGCUGAGAAUUCUUCGACUCGGUACAUGUGGGGAACUGCUGACAAAAAAAACUGUCUCGUGUCACCCUCUACUGUAAGUACAUGGCGAGAAACAACGAGCAGAGGAGUUUCAAGAGCGUAGUGAGAGCAUCGUGGUUUAGCUUUAGCCUUCUCACCGCAAGGAGCUGCUGCCACCUCCGAUGAUGGCAAAGCCCAGACGGUCACCUGCCGAGGGCUGAGUGGUUGUCUUUGACAUUUCCAAGUAACCCGCUCGGUGUCUGAACAUUCCCAUCUCUCCAAUUCUGUUUCUGUGCUGGAAUCUCUUUGUUUUCGAGUUCGGUCACGGGUUUUGCGUCUGUCCAACAACACCCUUUUUUUUUUUUUCCGUUUACGAGAGUAUUGCUCCUUUAAAAGGAAUAAUCCCGUUUCAGGGCAUCUUUUCAAUCCCACCAUCCCUCUACUUGGGAGGGGAAAAAAACAACAACAACAACAAAAUGAGGUAUUUUUAAGUGAAUGCUGUAGUAUUUUCUGUGUGUAAUUGCAAUUUUUUAUUCCAGAAAUACUGUAACUGUCUAGGGUGCAAAACUCCCAUGCUGACCUAUUCUAAAGAGGAGAUCAGCAUGGGGGGGAUAUUUUUUAAUUAUGAUUAUGAUUAUUUUUUUUUUAAUUUGAGGAAUCAGUUGGUUUUUUUAAUUAUAAUAGUAUUUAAAGAAACUAGUACCAAUUUUAUAUAACAGUUUAAAGAAGCUGAAUGCUUUCUUCGCCUGAAUAUACCUGAAGAGAAACAUUUUUUUCAAUCAGUGAUCCUUUGCAGUGUUCUGAGAAAAUGUUGGGGUUUCUUCAGUUGUUUCGUUUUGUUUUGUAAAGGAAACUUUUAACUGGUGUCUGUCCCUUUCCAGGAGGACAGGACUCACUCACGCCAAACUAUAGACACAAGGCAAAGUUUAUACGAAGCCAAAUUGUCACUGGUACUGUAAUUCCCAGUCAAACUCCAUUUCAGGCAAAUGUUUCUGGGCUCUGAUUACAACUAAUGUGAUGGUCACAUUUUCCUGCAAAAGGAGGGAUUUGGUCCUGUCAUUCCCCAUCUAACUUCCCAGUCCCUUGUUUAAUGUGCACAUAAAUACAUACAUAUAUAUAUAUACAUAUAUAUAUAUACAUGAACUUAUAUAUAAUUGUGAAAAGCUUUCAUUUCCCUUCUCCACUGUCUGUGUCACAAAAACAGUCCCUUCUCAAGUGUCCUACUAACAUUUCACCCUGUUUCUUCCCUGAUCAGUCUCCAUAAAAAGAGGUAAUUUGUGAAGUGAACUUGCUGUCCCCACCUACUGAGUCAUAAAAACCUGGAGGUGCCCAUCCUCCAGCGACAGGCCUGCCUUUCUCCUCCCAGGACUUUCUUUUGACCUACCUUUCAUGCUAGUGUAGACUUGAAUCUGAUCCAACUCCCUGUGUAAAGAGUCUCCUUGGUCCUUCCAUGAAGAGCUCUGCUCUGCAAUCUGCACUUCAUUGGCAAAAGCAUGAGAAAGGAAUGGGUGGCAAACAACCCUGCUGUUCUUUGGGGGCCUCUCUUCCGGGAGAUAGCAUCGUUAUUUUCAAAAGCACCAUGAGAAGGUCCCUCUCCCCAGACCUGUCCCCCCUGAAAGUCUGGAGAUGUGAUCCCAGUCGCUGGCCCCGCUGAACCGCCGGACGCUGCCGCUUCACACCAGGACAGUGAGAGGAGCCAACGAGCCAAGGCACAGUCACCAGGUGUCGAGGAGGAGACCCUUCAGUGUUGCCUCUCACGAGCAACUUCAGCCUGCCUUCCCUCAGGAACAGGAUCUUACUCCACAUCACCACACCAACAGCCGUCCUCUCCCUCCCGUGACAGGAGUGGAGGGGCAAAACACUCUGGAAGUGUCCUUACUUCUCAAUGCAGUGCUAAUUUCUCACAACCAAACCAGCUUAACUAAGGGCUUGACACAUCCCUGUUCCAAAGUCCUCCUCCUUCGUGGCUCGUAGUGUGGAUAACAAUGAAGGCCGGGGCCACCACUGCGUGUUAAGACUGUUUCAUUACUCUUGGUUGCAUAAACUCUCUGCCUCUGUUUCUAGUCCUUUCUUUGAAUGACAUCCACUGGCAUCUUCAUUGAGCAAAGGAUUUCCAGUGAGAGCCUGUGCCAACCCUGAAGAACUAUUUCUUUUUUCAAGGACUUCCAUUACAGCCUUAACGUAAAACACGUGCUCUGCCACUACACCCAAUGAGUUCACAUUGGACAGCUUGGGGUGGUGACCUAUUUCCUCUUGGGAUUUCCUGUGAUCUUCUUGCCAAACAGCGCCUUUUGCCAAGCCAAAAGCUCGGGGAGGAAAACUACCCCCAGCUCUUUAUUGGUACUAAUCCCAGUGCUGAGUCCAGUCCUCUCCUCCUGUUUUGUUUAUUUUUUGCCCUCUGACUUUUCCUGUGCACUUUUUCAGGGUGGUCAGUGACUUGUUUUGGUUUCAGCUUGGUUUUAACUCCUCAUCUUGCCCCUGGUAGCUCAGUUAUACCAUGUCCCACCUUCUUGCCAGAAGAUACCGAGCGAGGAGUUUUUCAGACUGCCAUGGAGAAGGUUGAGCCUGUGUUUAUUCACAUCACAAGAUCAGCUGGCACCUUCUCUGACACGUUUGUGCUGCUGGAUUCACCCUGGAAUCAUCUAAACCAGCCAACUGUGCCAUGCCAGGGCAUGAGGGCUCCACCAUCCCGACUGUUAUACUGUUCAAACCUUCCCUGGCAUGGUUUUGACCCACUCCAACAAGCCCUGGACUCGGGCACAGCUUUCCCAGGCAUGGCCAGAGACCAUCCCCAUCCAGCAGUUUGGGUGCAGCUGCUCUGCAUCAGGGGUGGAAGAUUUUAGCAGUGUGAUUGGGGCCAGCACUUCUCAGUUGGCCUCGUGGCCAGAAUGGAUCCUGGAAGUGCUUAGUUUGCUAAUAAAUAUGUAACUCUGUGCCCGCAGACCAGGAUUCAGGAUGUGGAGGAGAACGUCAGCUCCGAUCUGGCAUUUUUCUGUUUUCUGCCCAAUCCAAUGGACAAGUUGUUUUUCAGUUCACUCUGUUCUUUUUGCUGAGGUUGUUUUGCAAACAGCGCCGCUUUUAUCGCUCCGAUGUCAACCCAUCCAUCCCUCCAACCAUGUCAGAUGGGUGGCAUGUUUACUGUGAUAGUGUUAUACAACCAUAGGCAGCUAAUUCAGAGACAGGAAUGAUUCAGACCAGACCAAAUCAACAAUGGAAAUACAGAAAUUACAAGGUCCCUGCCCCUGCCCUUGUCAUGCUUUGCCACCCACACAAGGCAUUUUUUUAUCUGCAGCUUUUCCAACCUGAACCGCAGAAGAAGAGCCAAUGUUGAAUAAUUACCAGUGGAAACUGCAAGUGAGCCACCAAUUUUGAGUGUAAAUAUAUAUAUUUUCAGUGUUUGGGAUUGCAGCUAAUGCUCUGCUUCACCCCGUCCUUCUCUGCACCUGCCAAAAGUCAGCACUCAUUUGCAUGCAUUUUUAUUUAAAGCUGACUGGAUGAAACAGGACAAAAUUAAUUCCAAGCUUUAGUCAAUGGUCUGCUAAAGCCUGGCUCACGAGGGGAGCACUGCUAUUGACUUUCAGAGCACAAUCUCCCUGUGCUCUUCAGCUAUAUUUCUGUACACACAAGAUUCACUUCACAAUUUAUCCUGCCCCACCCCCAUCCCCACACAGAAAUGCAUGUUCCACCUGUCACCCGCACACCUGACUAAAUCUCCCGAAGAAAAUGUGGUCUGAGGUCCGUCCAGCGUGAUUCCAUUGAAGCUCAGAGGUGCUUUGAAAAGGAAAACUUACUACUGUGCAUUUGCAAAACCUUUUAGUGCCUGCUUGCUGGGCAGCUUGGGCAGGAGACAAUUUGGAAGCUGCCAGAGUCAGCGGAAAAUUGUGGAGACAGGCUUUUCCUAGGGAUAUUUUCUUCUUUUACUGGGUUUGCUUUGCUCUGGGUCCUGUUCAGAUCGAACAGGCAAAAGAAAACCCACCAGAAAACAAAACCCCCAAAUAACCACAACAAAACAAGGCCUCUGCCGAUCCCCACAGAGGCUGAGGUGGAGGGUGGUAGGGAUGAUGUGAACUCCGUUGUGUACCCUUUGCUUGCCGAAGUUUGCAUGCUGUUAUUUUUGGCAGUUGUCUCAAGCCCUGGGGCCUUGGCCUUGGUCGUUUUCCCAGGGUUCUGAUUUGCUGGUUUUCAUUUUUCCUUGGAGCUCAGGUGUAUUCUGGUGCAGAGAAUCUCAGCCUGGUUUGAACGAGAAGAUUUGAGGCUAUCCCAAAUAGACGUGGGCAAACCUUUCACUGUGUGCAGAACGCAUUUCCAGACCUUUGGGUACCUGCUAGAGAUUGUUGCAAUCCGCUUAUUAUUCCAUGAGCACGUUCAGAAUCGCUUCAUUGUUCUGUUGUGUUUGAACUUGGGAAUAACGGUGUGGUGACUCUUUUCUGUCGAGGUGUGAUGUGAAGAAAGGUAGGAGAGCCUUCCUGCUGUGCUAGAUAUUGCCUGUGUUCAACCCUUGUUUCCUUACUUGAAGCUCAGACAGUAGGAUAAUGAGAAAAAUGAGAAAAUGAGCUGACAGAUCGCUGCAUAUGUUCCACUGGCUGUCCGCUGAUGAGGAGGGAGGCAAUUGGUGACUAUCAAAAUAAAUCAGCAUAAACCAUCUGGACCUUAGUGGAUAUGCAGACAUGCACAGAGCCCAAUCGGAAAGUGACGCUGUUGACAAAAUAACGUAGACCUUCCUUUCCUGUCGCAUUUUGAAAAACUAAACACCGACCCGAAAAAAACCUACGACAAAACCAAGAGUUUCAAAGCAGACAAAAAUUAUUUGAGGCCAUAAAUUUUCCCCUUCCCUCCCCAUCCCUUUGGGACACAUGCAGCAAGGCAACCACUGGAAAAAAUCAGGCACUUUGUAACGUGUGGAGUUGUUUGGAUUUGUGCAACGCCGUGUUUGGUCAGAUGGUGCUUUUACAGCGAGCAUAGAAAAGUGGCCGCGGUCUAAAAGUCAUUGCAGAUUUUUCGGGUGACAGUACUCCUGGGUUUCGACCCCAGCUCUGCCACGAAGUUGCUGUGUAACCUUGGGCAAGUGAUUUAACCUUUCUGUGCCUACAGUUUACCCAUCUGUACAUGGGUAUAAUAAUAUUUACCUACCUCACAGGGGUGUUGUGAGGCUUAAGUUAACGCGUGUGAGAGGUGCUGGAAGUGCGCCGCAAAAAUUUUCAUUCUUGCUGGGUUUGUGCUGUUAGAGGGAAAGAGCAGUAAAGGGGUGGGUUACAACAAGCAGAAGGAAAACCUGCAUGUGUUGAGAGAGUGAUCUUAAGUCUUUUCUCUCCCCAAAAGCAAGGAACGGAGAAAAUUUUGCUGAAUAGCCUUGCUUUCCCAGUCAAAUGUAACAGCACUGUUUGCAAUAUUAUUUUCUUACACAACAGGUGACCUUUCCCUUUUCCUUGCUGUUUCUGGAAACUUGAAACUAAAGGUGACAAAAGUAUUUCUGAACCGAACAGAUUACUGAUGAAUACUUGAAUUUCUUUAAAAGUCGCUCUCAUCAGCCACGGUUAAUGUGCACUAAUCUUUCAGUCAUCAGCUUCCAUCUGAAUACAGUGAAAAAUUUGCUCACGCUGUUUUGGAAUAGCCUGGACCUUAUUUGGGAGGCUGGUAUUGCUGAGGACUCUUGUAGGCAUGGGAAAACUAGUGUCUCAACUGAUAAACACGUGAAAAUAACCCUUUUUUCUUUCUGUUUUUGCCUUUUACGUUUCUUGACUGCCUAAGACAGCACAAUAAUUGCAGUUUACUCGGUUGUACAGUAGCUUUUUUGUUUUGAAGUUUCCUUACGCAAAGGGCGAAGGUGGGAUGUGAAAGGAUAAGUCAGACCCAACACUGCUCCCCUGCGCGACUCUUCUCGGAGCGCCCACUUUCCUGGAGAAAAACCUGUGCCACAUCCAGAGAGACCAGAACCAGGCCUGCCUUCACCGUCCUCCCACAGGCAAAACUUCCCUUGCCAUCCAUGGGAGUUUUGGCUGUUGAUCCAUCGAGGUGGAUUCACCCCUGGUUGAACCCCAAGCCACCCGGGACAACUUUCUGUAGAACGAGGGAAGGGAUCCGGUUCAUUGCUCCAGAUGUCACCACCACCGGUCAGAUAAUUCAGAAAGGAAAAAAAAAAAAGCAUGUGAUAGAAAGCUUGGGCUUGUUUAAUUUUUGUGGUUUUGAGACGAGUGUUUUUAUUGUCUAAGUGUCCUGACCAUUAUAUGAUGUCUCUUUUGGAAAUGCAAUGCCAGGCAGGACUCCCUGCUCCCUUUCAGGAAAGCUUUGUUAAGUCUACUCCCACACUCCUUACUCAGGCAAAACCCCUGGGUUUUGUUGUUGGGUCUCAUUUUCUCUCCUGAGUAAGGACUGUGGUCUGUUUUGGAGAACUGGGUGGUCUUUCAGGUGGCCGUUGUCUUCUCUAACCCAAGACUCGCCUUGCAUGAAGCAAGAAGGAAGCUCUGUCUUGGUCUGCCACGUACCUUCCCCAUCCCUUCUCUGUACCCACCAUGGGGAGGGGAGUUCAAAACCUUCUGGCUACAUGGGCCAGGCUCUUCCACCUGAAUUUCCAGGCAGCUGCACAUCUUCCUGCUGGGGCAGAGCAAAUUCAGAAGCCCCCAGUCUUGCAGAUGGGCCGUUGAUCAUCUGCAUCGGCUUUGGGUCUGCUCCUUCCCCGUCCUUCUCCCCAGUUGUUUCUUUGCCCUGUUUUAAGCACUCAUCUCGGUGCUUCUGGGUUCUUUUUACUGCUUCUGUUCCAAAAAAAAAUAUUGCAGUUGGGAAAAAAAAACAGCAAUGUAACUCCUUCGGUGCUAUGCUAACUGCUUUGUUUGACCCAACCAAAUGCUGGCCAACCUAUAGAUAUUCCCUCUUUGUCCUAGGAAGCACCACACAUCUGUGUCUUGAACAGGGAUGGACUGAGAGGGGUGAGAGAGGGCAAGUGUGGUUUUGAAAGCAAUUAAAGUCUCAUGUGUAUCUAGUAGAGCAAAAAGAUGUAGAUGCAGACUGCUUUCAAAGCUGGUUAUUGCCCACCUCGUGGAAUUAAAUAGGAUAUAGCCUAUAAGGUAUUGAGGGCAUUAUAUAUAUAGAUAGAUAUUUAAAAAAGAAAAAAAAGACAAGAAGUUCACUUUAUCAAUAAAUCACCCUUUAAUUUUCCUGAAAAUGUACUGUUCAACAAGGAAAACACCUGGCUGUGCUUGCACCUGGUUGUUUUGCUAUGACCCAUUCCAGCAGCGGGAGGAGAGAGAAUUCCUCCUCCUCUGUAUUAACCCUGAUAUAAAAUGGGUGGCUAUGAAUUUUCAGGAUGAAAGGGACUAAUCAACAUGUAUGUCUGUGCCUAUAUCCCCAACGCUGUGGGAAUAUGGACAAGCAUACAUGCCAUGUUACUGCAUAUGUAUAUAUGUUUUAAUAUAUAUGAACACAUUGUGAAUUCCAAAGGGCUUUUUUGAGAUGAGGAAGGUCUUUCCUGGUGCAAGGUGCUGGCAAUUUGGGAUUUGCAAGCAGGAUUGAAAUAAACAUUCCUUGUAUUUUUAUUUUUUUUUUUUAAUUAAAAGACCAUCAGAAGCUUAAAGUCUGUCUGAGGAAAUGCUGUACCACCCGAUCUUCCACUUCUUAAGAAAUCUGGAAGCCAAAAUCAGACCAAAAAUAAGGGUCAGUAUAAAUCAGUAAAGCUCCCUUGAUGGCCAGGUGCCUCCUUACACUCCUUGUGUUAAAAACAGUCAUUUCUAUUGGUGCCAGGGAGCCCAAACUGGGCCCCAUUGCUCUUUUUCUAAGCCUGUGCUAAAAGGUUUCAUGUUUGAGCUUGUAGGUUUUGUCAAAGCCCAGGCAAAACUUGGACAAAAGCAGGAGUAUCUUCCCAAGUGGAGCCAUCUGAGUGUAGCAUACCCCUGAUCACAUGGGGGCUUUGUAGCCCUGAGGAAGAGGUGGCUUCUCCUUCCACCAGUAUCACCAUUACAAUGACAACAGCCCUGUUAAUACACACAGCAAACAGGGCCCUCCUUUGCAGGGCUUAAACCCUCCAAAUCUGUUUUCAAGCCCUUAAAAUUCAAAUGCCAAAUGCCACUCAAAGGGAAUGAUUAUUGUUUUCCCUCCAGAUGCCAUUCCCGCUCAUCAGUCACAAGGACAAGCAGCUCAUAUUUUCCUUUCUAGCUGUAUUUACCAAUAAAACUCACUGCCAGUGCCAGAACCUCCUUCCCUCAGAGCCAGCUGAACACCACCUGCAAUCCACCCCCGCCUCUCCUCCCCUCCUUCCACUUUCAGAGCAAGCACUGUUCCUUCCUAACUAGCGAAGAUCCAGGACAAAUGCCAGCUGAUUACACCUGCAAUCUGUUCUCCUUAGGAUUUUGUUUCGGUUUCUGAGGGCAGUCGAGUACACACAGGGCCACGCGCCCGCAGAAAUUUCAGUGGCCUGAGGUUGAAGCUGCUUGGCUUCCCCUGGGGGAUUCCUGGGCUCGUCCCGUGCAGGGCCAGGAGUUGGACUUCCAUGAUCCUUGUGGGUCCCUUCCAGCUCGGGAUAUUCUGUGAUUCUGUGAUUCUGUGAGCUGACACUGCUGUGAGAGAAACUAUAGACCAAGUGUUCCCCAGGCCAUCCCCUCAAAUUGCUACAGGUUCACACCAUUCCCAUAGAACCUGUUUUUUUCAGUAAUCACUGAAGGUAUCAGUCAACAAAUUCACGAUGGAUAAGUGGUAGGGCAAGUGGACUGGUUUGCACUUAUCCACAGACCUCCCAGAACUACUCGAGCAAUUAAACAAGCCUUAAAUUGGGUGUAAUUGCAGCCAUUUGGAGGAGAGCUGUGAUGGGUGUUUUCUGAAAAAGUAGUUCACAGGUGUCACAGCCAAAUCCCUUUAGUCCCCACCUUUUCCAUGUAGGGAGAGUGAGAGGGAAGAGAUUCUAAACUGAGCAUAAAAGUUUGCCAUUAGCUACAAAAUGUGCCCUCCUCCCAAAAUGGAUCUAAAACUUGAGGAUUUGGGGGUUUUUUUGUGUGGAAAAUAUUCUCCCAUCAGAAAAUAACCAAUGGUUCUGGUUUAUGUUUCUGCUCUGCAAACUUUUACCAUUCCAGCCUUUUUUUCCAAUGAGGAAUGGGAAUUAGUUUCAAAAGUGUUUCAUUUACUCAGGGAAGGACUAUUCCACAUCUUGGUUUUUGGUGACUUUCACUCAAGUCAUCAGGCCAAGCUCAGACCAUUCCACUAAAGCUGAUUACCCAGUAGGAAACCAGUAGGAGAUAACAGAUCGGGAGAUGUUCUUGGUGGUCUCCUGUGUGUUCCUUGUUCCAGAUUAAUAGCGUUGUGAUCAGGAACCUAACAGUGUGCUCCAUCAUGGGGUUGUUCCCCUAAAACCAGGAUUUCAACAGGAAGGCUCUAUAUUUUGGAGGCUUUGAAUGACUUCCUGACUGCAAGGAAAAAUCACCCCUUUCUUGUGUACAUUUUUUUUGAUGCCCUGUCGUAUACAGAAGGCAAAAUAGUGGUGGUGCCUGAAGAUCCACAUUUCCUCUCCAUCUCUGCCGUGGGCUGUUGGCUGGGAGAGCCAAGGGGAUUUUAGGGUUGUCUCUGCUGGCAGGUGAAAGAUGUCCCUUUGUACCACUGGCCUCUUCUCCAGGGCAUGUGAUAUGGGAAUGGUCAGGCUGUUGCCUGACUCCCAUCGCCAAUCCCAGCUCCAGCCCUGGGUCUCUGCCGUCCUCGCCCCAGGUGUUGCAACGUGCAUUUAAAGAUCUUUGUCAACCCUACUUCUUGCAAAGCUCUUCUGAUUGAAAUGAAUCCUGUAAGCCCACAGUACCUCCUCAAAUGAGCUUUCAUCCUGGGAGAGUUUUUGAUUAGUGAAUUUUGAUAGCACUGGAAAAUUGGCACAGCCACACAGAACAGCACAAUUUAAAUACGUCUAUUGCAGAAGUGCCACUUUUCCCAUAAACACUGAAAUUUGACUAAUCACUGCUGGAGCUCAUGGUUACCACUCAAAACCUGGAAAACACUCUUGCACUUGAUUCCUCAGAUAAACCUUAUCCGAGGAGAACAAAUUCCCCAAUCACUACAAAGUGGUCAAAAGAAGCUGUUGCAGCAGAACACCUGGGGGUGUUGGGUUUGUUUUGUUUUGUUUUUUCAUGCUCUGUGCCUCAUCUAUAAAUUGUGAAGUGUAGAGGUUCCCUCACAAGGGUGAUGUGAGGAUUUAUUUAGCCAGUGUUGGUGGAACUGCUUCAAAACUUUACCACCAAAAGCAGUGCAGGGCUGUGGUGGUGGUGGUGGUGGGCAGAGCAGGACCAAACAAUCCACCAUGUCACCUUUCCCUUGUCUCCAUGUAGCUCAGCAGUCACAAAGAGGGAGGUCGAUCUGAAAUGUCACAUUAAGAUUUUGGGAAGUGCUUUUCUCCUUCCCCUUAAAUGCCCCCCUCUCCCUUUGGAAAGCAUUCAGGGGAGUCAACUGAAAAUCCAGGGAUUUGGCACAGUCCUGGUGGGCCGUGGAAAAGAAGGUAGAGAUGGAAAGAGCAUGUGGAUCCUCAGGUGCAUUCCCAAGAGUUCAUGCCACAGGCAUGCCCAUGUCUUAUUCUUCCACCCUAAAUCCUCUCUGGUUGAAAACCUUCCAAAGGAGCAGCCUGAUCACCCCAGACCCUCUGGAUCAGGCACAUCAGGCAGAAAUAAUAGCCUAAGCUUUCCUAGCAAGAAGGACAUUUUUUUUUUUUUAAUUAAGCUUGAAAUUUAGUCAUGCCCAUGCCUUGAAUUUGCCUUAUAAACCAAAUUCAGCCCAUUCUGAAUCCAGGUCAUUCAUCUUUCCAGUGCCAUUCUGACCCAGCAUGGCUUGCAGGUGAAGAUGCCCAUCCAUCCAAGUCAGGAUCACGGAUCUGCCAGUUCAACUGGGAGAGUUUGGCUCCUUCCUAGAUCACUUCUCUACCUGAGCCAUCCUUCCUGGGGGUCUAGAGAGACCUGGAUCCAAAAUUAUACCCCCAAAAGUAGAUCUGAAUGAACAAGGAGUUCCACCACACUCCAUUUGUCCCCCACAGUGGUGUUCCAACACCGCUUCUGCCAGAAGCCACACACGUGGUGUUUGGGUGACUCAGGGCUGCCAACACCCCCUGCUCUGAGCUGGCCAGGAGAAGUGGCAGAGGGCAGAACUGACCCUCCUCUUUGUACAGAGAGCGAAUUCCUGCUAAACUCAUUGGCGUUAUCUUUGCCUUGGUGCGACGCCGCUGACAGCAGCUGUCGGAAGAGGUAGGGAUUUUUGGAUGGGAUGGGCUGACAGGUGUCAACACGAUGCAAAACUGGUGCUAUUAACUUGGCAUAGAGUGCCUGCGAGUCUCUUCUCUUUCUUUUUCGAUCACCAAGCAAUGACCUUACGCUUGGGGAGCCCGUUGUUGAUGGACAACAGUGUCUGCAGCGACUUCUCCCUUCGCGGGAGGGCUCCGAGUCUGUGCUCUGUCUCAUUCCCCAGCUCUUCCUCUAUUUUCUGCAUCUUGGAGGUUGAUGUGUGUGUAUGUUUGGGCAUGAAUUUAUGAGCAGAAGAAAACAGAGCAAGGGCCCACACAAAACUUUAGUGCAUGUCGGUUGAGGAAGGAGGGAAUGAGAAGCGAGGGUUAAGACCCUGACGUGCAGGUUUUAUCUCCGCCUCAGUCUGGCAGGACUUCGGUCAACCCAUCAGAAUUGUUGCCUGUGCCCAGGACAGUUUAUUCUCUGGGCUCCCAGGGAGUGACAGAUUGAGAUAUUCAGGGCAGGGCUCUGCAGAGGGAUGAGAUCAGACUCGCUGAGUGCCUUCGACUUCCCCUGGUUUGGUGGAAGCGGAAGGCAUCCAGCAAUCCCAGGAGGGAUUCCACGUCAGGCUGUGCCCUCUUUAUGUGAGAUCAUUCUCUGAGCACUCAAAGUUCAAUUUUGCUUCUCUUACAUCGGCACAAACAUGUUGAACAAGGCAAAAUGCAGCCAUUUUAAUUUAGGGAAGGCUGUUAAAAAACAUCCAAAGUGCUAAAUAGUCCUUAAAGGACCAAAUUCUGGUCUCAGUUUCCCCAAGGCACCAGCCCACCCUGCAUAAACCCCGGUGGUUUUUUUUUUUCUGGGAAAACUCUUGUUUCCCUGUCAUCAGCGAGGCCAGAAUUUGGCCUGGCCCCACCUGCCCUCAGUUUCUUCUAAAGGCUCUCUGUGUUUGUUGAUGAUGGCUUUGUCAGGGCAGCCACAUUUCAACUCUCAAAGCCUCGUGGUGCCUUUUCUUGUGGUGCUUUUACCCUUCACAGGACUUCAGUCAAGGCAACCACUUGCAUCCAACAACAACGCCAGUACUUGUCCUCUGUAUUAGGUGCCAGUGCAGUAACAGACUUUAAUGUAUACUUAUAUAAAUAUAGAUAGAUAGAUAGAUUGCUAUAGUUAUAAUUAUAUAUAUAUAUAUAUAUAAUUGAGGUUCUGAUGCCCCUGCAGGGGGAAUGGACCAUUCCUCUGCAGGAUUACACACUGCUUGAGUGAAACCAACCACUCAACGUCCUGUAAAGCGUUACAACCUUGGCAAGGAGCUUCUCUUUCCCACAUUUUUUAUGUUUUUGUGGCUCCCUUCUCUCCUCCUGCCCCUCUGAAACGCCUCUCAGUGAAAGCUGCUGUUUCACGUCACAGAAAUUUCUCGUGAUUUCUCAGCAUCUCUGAAAAUCCCAACACCUUCCUCCUGCUGUGGGAUGGGGAGGUCUCCCCUUGCCGUGGAAGGGGUUGGUGAGGCAGCAUUCCAGGGCAGAAUCCCAGGCAUCAUCCUUGCCUUUUCUUGGCACCAAGGUGGUGCAACUCACCUUGUGGCCAGCGCUGUUAUGCCCCCCGUUAUUGCCCAUCUGCUGCUGAGCCUCUCCAUCUCAGCCGCCCCAAUCAGACAUCACCUCGGGGUGGUUUUUUUUCCCCCUCUUUGGAUGUUUGGUUUUUCAUGUGAGCUCAGCAGCCCUGGCUGGUGGGGAGGAGGGAAGCGAGGGCAUUGCUUUGCUCACACGAGUAGUUCUGCCUGACUUUGGUGGGAUGGGGAGGGGAGAGGUUUUUUUUUUUGUCAAAAUACUGCUGGGUUGGGUCAAUUAUCACCUUAUUGUUACCUUUGAAGUAUUGCUGAAACCAGAGAGAGGUGGCAGAACAGAUGUUGAGUGAAGGUACUUUCUCCUAAAGGGAACAACACCAAUAAUACUGUAAAAGGUGCUAGAAUCAAACCUCAUUUUAUAUACUUUGGUUCUUGGAGAUUAAAAAAAAAAUAUAUUAAAGUACAUAGUAUUCUUCCUGUGCAGCCUUACUGUAGAUUGAUAUAACCAACUCAUUAUCCAAAAGACAAAAAGAACCCAAGUGAAAAGGUUAAAAAGAAAAAAAAAAGACAAAAAUGAAGCGAUCUUGUAUAAAGUGUAACAAAUAUGACUUUCCUAUAUAAAUGUAAAUGAUCAGACAUAUAUUAAAAUGCACUCGAGGCAGGCAGCAAGCAUGAAAAGCUUUUGAAGUAUCUUUUUUAAUGCACAACACCUGUCUUUGUUCCUUUGGAUGGUGCAAGAGGGAAUGUGCCAAGUGGCUUCUGUUUCCUUUUCAUUCUGUUCGUGAUUUUUGGGAAAAGGAAAGAGGGUUGGAAAGGGGGUUGGGGAGGUUUAGCCCGCACGAAAACCUGGAAUCUUCAUCUCGAUUUUGUUUGUUUGGGUUUGUUGUUAGUGUUGGUUUUUGGACACUUCAUUUUUCAAAUGCUUUUGAAAGCUUUGUUGCCUGCCCCAGGUGCUGAGCAUAACUCUUACCUCAAGAAAGUUUAUUAAAAUUCAAAAAAAUCAAUUGUUUUUUCCCAUCUCUGGAAAAUUAAAGUGAAAAAAUGACAACAACAAUAGAAAAAUAUUAUUAAUAAUAAUAAUUAAAAAAAGCAAACAACCAGCAGUGAAUGAAGGAAUGAAAAUUAAAAACAACAGAAAGAAGUCAAAGCAGAGGUUUGGUGAUCAAACCGAGCCACUCUGGUGCUUUUCCCCUUUUUGUGUUGCUGAUGAUCAAAAUCACAUGAGAUGGGCUUAGACAAGUCUGUGGUCUUAGGAUGUAGCAAAAAAUGAAUUUAAAGAGAACACAAACUUUGCAUGGAACAAACUCUGAUGGAACAUUUAAAGAAUGGCUGUUUCAGUGUCAGACGUUCAGUGUUAGCAUGUGUGUGUGCUGUAAAUACCUUUUCAUGUGUGACAUGUACAGUUGACUGAGGAAAAAAAAAACAAAAGUAUGGAACCGAACAAAAAAAAAAUAAUAAUAAUCAAAUGCUAUUUUAUCAGAUGAUGCACUUUUUCACCUUGAUGAGAAGCCACUGUUCACAACUAUGCAAUCUUCCAGUUUCUCUCUCUAUCUCCUCUCUCCAACCUCAAAUUUCCCAACUAUUUUCCAUAACCUAAAACCGUUUUUUCUUUUGUACAAAGAAACACAAAAAAGUUCCAAACUCUGGUUCAAGGUGAGAGUGCUACUGUGACUUUUCUCAAACGAUAAGAGCUAACAAACAGACAAACAAAAGGGGUUUGGUUUGGUUUUGUUUUUAAGAAAAAAAAGGAGGUUCGGACAUGACCCUCUUUAUGUUCUCUAAGUGAAUCGAUGUUUUCUACAUGUGCCAGGCUUCUGUUGACUGGGGUAAAUUUUUUGGGGGGGUUGGUUUUGUUUCUCGAGUCAUUAUUUUUCUUUUCUCUCUCUCUCUCUCCCUUUGGGUUUUAGGAAUUUUUUUUUUUUAAUUAAUUUCUCUAUAUAUACUUUUUUUUUUUAAUUCUGGUUUUGUAUUGUAGGUAUUGGGGGAUGUGAAGAUGAAGGUGAAAUUUGGCUUAACUCCAAGUGUUCUAGUACAUGUGUGUGCUAUAUGUACAUAGUUUUCUACAUAGAAAAUUUUACGCGCUUUUUAAAGGCACUUUACGACUUGUAUGUACAAAGUUGUCUAUAUAGAAAAUGUAGUGAGUGUUACCUGACCCUCAAAGAAGAGCAUUUUGAUUCUAUGACUAAGAGGAGUUAAGAUGUUUGAGUAUCUCACCCGUGUGUGUGUGUGUAUUAUAUACUAUAUUAUAUAUUGUAGAAAUAUAUAAUAGCGUAUGUCCAUGGUAGGGUGUGUAUAACAUAUACACACAUCCAAACACAGGAUCAUGCCCAUCUAUACCAUUGAAGUAGAGGUUUUGUAGUUCUUUAAGCUGUAACAAAUAGCCUGACUCUGCUGGGUAAACUUCUUCCUUGUCCUUAGAUGGGUAGAAAGGUAGAAAAUCGUCUAGAAAGGUAGAAGAUGUCUAGAAAUUGUCUAGAAAUUGUCUAGAAAUUGUCAGGAAAGGUAGAAAAUUCUCCUCCCCCAGUUCAUACCCCUGGGAGGAUUUAGCCUUGAGAACCUUUCUUUCCCCACCCCAGUUUCCCAACAGGUGCUGAGGAGAGUGUUGGUGAGGAAACAGGGUCGUCCGGUGAUGAGCUCAGGAAAACACGCGCCCACGAGAUGCUGUCACGUCCCCCGCCCACCACUGACUCACCUCGCAGCUUAGAGCAUCACUCCCACUUCUCUGUGCCUGUCAAACUGGGGUUGCUGUUGCUUACCAAGCCUUUAAGCACUUUGCACUCAUGGUCCUCCUCUGCAGAUACCGCAGGGUCCCUCUCCGUGACGCCGGGAGGGGAUUCGGGCCAGUUUACGGUGAGAUCUUCACCAACCUACCCCCUGUCCUCCAUCUCUCUUCUGUUCAGGAAGCCAGUGCUGCCUCCUUGGGCCAUGCUUUGACCUUCAUCCCCAUGAUUUUUUAGGUGUUGUUCUUCUUCCUUCCUCUCAAGGCUUCCACACCCUUGAGAGCCACAGCCCGUGAUCUGAACACUCCUCAAAUCCCUUUAUCAGGCUCUCCUCAGCCUCGGUACCUCCAGGUGCUGAAACAACUUGGCCAAGAGCAAAACCCUGGGUUGCUGCCAUCAGCCCACUCUUGUCUGACACACUACACAUAGACCUCGUGGUCUGGAUCCUUCUGGAUGCCUUCCAACUUGGGACAUUCUGUGGUUCUGUGACCUCGAGUUUCUUGGGGUUGGACAGAUGAAACCCCAUUUCUGACCCACUGGACACCUGAUUUAGUGAAGCUCUUCCAAGUGACCAAGGGACAGCUGUGGAUACAGAAAGGACCUUUACUGAAGCUAGUAAAAGUAGGAAGGAUGAAGGGAAAGGAUUCCUGGCACCUCUUCCAUGUAUUUGUGGCAACACAAGUGACCACAUCAGUCUGUGGCAUGGUGGGUGCUUCUUUCAGCCAAUCUUUUGCAUUUGAAUCCUUACCAAGAACUUCAUGUCAGUCUUCCUGCUGAAGUUACAGCUACAUUUACCUGGAAACAAUAGGAGUGGAAAAGCUGGAUGCAAUCUUCCCAUCUUGUACAACGUCCUGGCUGCAAGUGUUGUCAGUCAGUUGGUUGAUCUGUAAAUCCAUGUGGGCCCAGAAGCCUCCUGUGAGCGUUCAGUGUAACUCAGUUCUCCAGAAAGCAGCUUUCACACCUAAAUAACUUAACUGUAGGACAUCUCACCCAGCCUUACAUGUUGCACAUUGUCUAUUUAAUGGUGUGACACAGGUGUGACACCUCGAGGGUCUCCUUAUCUGCUCUUCCUCCACAAACUUCCUCCUGGGGUUUGGUCUCUUCCAUCUACUGACAAGUUUUGGGGUCUGGUAGUGGCUGGUGUUUGCAAGGAGCUAUAGUUGUCCCAUUAGGAUGCUGGCAUCUAGAGGAUGUGUUAAUGAUUAUUAAGGAUUAUUAAUGAUUAAUUUAAUGAUUAAUCCAUAUUUUUGGAAGACAGUAUUCCCCCCCUCCGGCUCACUUUAAGUCAGAACACCUAAUUUCCUCCCCUGAAAAUGCAGUGCUGAGAGGUGCCCACCUAAGGAGACCAAGUGGAAUCAUCCUCUGCCCCAGUUUCUACUAAAGUUUUAAGGGAAAAAAUGAAGAUACUUUCCUAAUUGCUACAUUCAGUGAAUGGAAGAACCUACAGGGCAAGUUUGACACAAUCCACAAUCUUUUAAGUUCAUACACUCCAGGUUCUUAAAGGAAGUAACUUGCAAAGGCUACUUGUUCCAUGACUCACCUAGAAAAUCUAUUCAGGGCAAGAAAUGUAUGGAAGAUAUUUGACAAUAAAUCUUUCCUCUCUGGGUUAACCAGUCCCUUGGUGGCAAAGCAACGCCACCAUCAGAGUCAAAAUACAACCAGAUCUGUGUUUCAGUUCAAAAUCACUUUUUUGUGGCGUGAAAAACCAAAUCUUUAAGAGUGUGUUUGGCAAACAACAGGAGAAGUUCAUUUUGGUGGACGAGUAUAGAACCACUUACAGGUUUCAGACCCUGAGAAACUAUUUCUUGACACAGAGCCCUGGGUGAGGAUGUUUAUCCAAAGUUCUUUGCCUACUGGCUGUGUGAGCAUGGGAUCCAAUCCUCUAAUUUAGCCAGAAGAUCUGUAUAUCUGAGUUAUCAAGGUCCAUUCCAUACUUAAGACAGACAGUAAGACACACCAAAGUUAAUCCCAGUUGGUUUCCAGUUGAGAUCUGCUGUGUGGCCUUUAUGUGAUUAUGUUUAGGUGAGUUGAAUCCCACCAAAAGUGGACAGGAUUUACCCGUCCAUGCUUCCAAAACACUUCCCACCACGGCUUCUCAUGAGACUCGUCCUCUUGGUGCUCUGCUAAUGAACAUCCAUAAUUAUCUCCUCCAACACAGCUCCAUGAUGACUCUGCAGCCCCUGCCACGUCCACAUCAGUCAUUACCCUCCCAGCACUGAAGGAAACAGAGAGUGGGACCCACUCAAGUGCUCCACACUUUCCGUGACCAAGUUCUGGCCACUCUAAGGGUUCACAAAAAAAACCCUUGAAAAUCAACGCACGAGCAAUAACCUUCUGUGUGUUUUCCUGAAGGAUAAGGUCAUUCUCCAGCAGGUAGAUUCACACAGCAUUCUGGUAACAAUCCCAUUGGCUUCUUCUCCUGCUCAUUACCAAUCUGUUCUGGUCAGUCCUCCUCAUUUUCUUUAAUUCAGCCAUGACAUCGUAAGUGAUAUGAGAACAAAGCCCAGAUUGCCAUCAUUUGCAGAACAGCUUGGGAAUGAUAUUCCUUCCAGGAUACCCCUUCCUACCUUUGCAGGAGGAUUAGGAGAUGGUUGAGCAGCAGCAGAGGGGCUUCCUAGUUCAGAGCUUCAAACUUGUUUUGGUCUGUGUUUGUCAUAAAGCACCUGAGAGCUCCUUGAUUGUCCUCCUGAUAACACGUGGCUCCUGAAUGAUGUGAGGGAGCCACAUCCAUCCUUUGCUGCAUGUGCAUGGAUGAACAUGGUCCAAUUUUCCUAGGAACUUUAACCAACCAUGCUGGAAACAUAUUGGAAAUGUUUCCCUGUAUCCAACCAGGUUCUCCCUCGCUGUAGUUAAACCCACUGCCUCUCCUCUCUGUGUCUUUUCGCCCGUGGAAGGAAGCACAAGGUUCAUAUUUUCCUGGAUGGACAGACUAAAUUUAAAAGCCCAAGGCUGUUCCAAAUCCUUUCCCAAGAUGUCGUGCUGAGAAUUAUCCGAAGAGCCCCAGUCAUGCAGGUGCCUUAACGGGUCUCCUUGUGGGAGUGCAGAUCCCACCAGGUACCACCAACACCGGUCACUUCAGCGGUACCGUCUUUCUUGCCACGUAUCUGCUGUUCCCUGAAAACAGCAACAGAAUCCAUCAGGGGGCUGCCCUUCUGCUGAAGCCUUGUUUGGUUGGCCACCAUCAACAAGUCCAAGCUGAUACCCACGAGCACACAGGUGCUGGAUGCAGCCUCGAGCGUUCCCAGGGUGUGCUGCUUCUUCUUGGCCAUCAAAAAAAAAAGGAAGGGGAAAUGGUUUGUCUUUCUUUUGCUUCUGUUCAGCCCCAGAAGAUUCCCCCGCUGUGGAGUCCCCCCUCUUUGCCCUCAGGCACUACCCCCUAGAACACAGGCUAUUUCUCAGAGCUGUUUUAUCACCAUCAAAAGUCAUGAAAAAUCAAUGGAAAAUUUUCCCUUGGAGAUGGCUGGUUUUGUAGGAAACGCUUCUGGUUUACUUUCCUCCCCAAUCCCAAAUGGCAUCAUUACUAAAUGGGCUCUAAUAUCAAUAUCAAUGUUAGUAAGAUCCAUUGAUCAAGCUGUGAAUCAAAGCUCACUGCUGUGUUGGAUAUACAUAUGUUAAUGACAGUUGUGUUAAGCCAAAUUUAACAGCUGGAUUCUUCCACAUCCCUUUGUUUUGUAUCUACCUCACUAUGAUUUCUUUGAUUUCUUGUGAUUUAGUGUUGUAUACAAUGUCAGAGGUGAUAUGUAGAUAAAAAUAUAUAUAUAUAUAUACAAAUAUAUAUUUUUUGCUUUGCAAUAAAGCUCAAAGCUAUAACACGAAUAUUCAUAAAAUGUCAUAAUCUUUAUUGUAACGUUCCCUUCUCAGUUGUAAAAUCCUGUCUAGAUCCUAUUUUCCUGUACACUGGAAUCAAUAUUGUGAUCAUGAGUGAAUGAUUAUUAUUUCUGUUCCUUUUCCAGUCAAGUGAUAUUUUUGAGAUGUGAGAUAGACACCAGAAUUGUCAAACAUGAAUUGGUUUACUUUUUCUUACUUUUCCCCAAAUACAGCCUGUUUGUAACUGGAAUCAAACAGCAAAAUUGAGAAAAAAAUUAUUUGCAGUCCUGAUCUUUCAAUUUUGGUCCUCUGAUCUUAACACUGAGUUUGGCAGGAGGAGGAAAGGGAGCAAACAAGGCUUUUAGGACUAGGGAAGGAAAAAUAUGUUUAUCUGUUUCCAUUUGGGUGAAGAGGGGUUUCAUUCUUUGAAAUAAUUGACAUGUGGCAUUUCCUUGAGCACAGGGACCCCAUUCACUGAAAAGUUGUCUGUUUAAUGGCAGCCACUGACCCAGAGUCACUAAUCCAGGUCCUUUUUAUGGGAAUGGAGUGGGACAAAGAGCUCCCCAGGACAAUUCACCCCCUGCUAAUUAAGGCACUUGUCUAGGGCACAUGAGAUGGAGCUCCUUCAGGAUGGAACUGAGAAUUUGGAGCUCACAAUGGGACACCUCACCUUGAUGGGCUAAAAACCAAGCUCAAAGACUCCCACUGUCAGUGCACAAAUAUCCUGGCAAGUGAAAACUGUCUCGAUUUUGGGUCAUGUGCAUCAUUCUGAGCCACACAGGACCCUGUGCUCUGUCAGUGGAAGGGGUGAGGAAGGUGAGAGCUCCUGGUGAGGCUGAGGAAGACUUUUCCCUAUGCUCAUGUGGUGGAAAAUGUCCUUGGACCCAGUGACAAGCCAGUAACGCCACAAUAACCAACAUCUGGCACAGAAAUGCUGGAUGAGUCCUACGGGGUGGGGAGGAGCUCCAGGGAGCAAUCUUAAGGUGGAUGGGACCUCUCCUCUGCUUAUUCCUAGUAAAACCUUUCCAAGAACCUCCCAGCUUGGUCCUGCUGCCAGAAAUGUGAGGGAACAAAGCCCACACCUUCCCAGGGCAAUCCUUCUCCAACCUCCAUGCUGCUCCAUAGGUUGGAAUUGGGGAAAAAAAAAGAAAAAAAAACCCAAAAAACCCAAGCCCCAAAUACUCUUAGUUUGAUUAGGAAAUAUUUACAGGGAUCUCACUUUACUGGGAGCAAAAUGAGGGGAAUCAUCUCCAUUUCCUUUCCACCAGUCUGCAGGGAAAGUAACAUUUUCCCCCAACUGCUUUAUCAAAGUAAACAAAAAAUUAGUGACCAGAAAGAACUGGACAUAAAUGGAGUCUGACAUAGGUUUUUUUUUUAAGAAAAAAAAAAGCAAGGAGAAAAAUUACUACUGAACACAAAUCCAGUUAUUCCACUGGGAAAUAAAAUAAAAUUUAAAAAAUUACAGAAAGAAGCAGGAAAUGAAACCCAAAGAUGAAUAAAUCUCAGUGGAGAAAAUGGUGUUGGGUUUCACUUAAAGCACAAGACAGGACUGCAAAACACAGAUUUAGGCUUGAUUUAUGAGACCCCUCCUGUGUAGCCUUUUCUCUAAAACUGGCACAAUUGUUCAGUACAAACAGCAUUUUUCCCCCCUCAUUCUUAUCUGGUGUCUGUACAAAUCUGGCUUGGUUUUUGGUUUGGUUCUGUUCUUUUUGUUGCCUGUUCCCACCUAUUUCUAUUUUUAUGGUGUAGUAUUUUGUCUCUCUGGAAUGAAAUACAGAUGUGUUCAUGAAGUUGUAUAGCAGAUGGAAUGACAGGUUGGAGUUGAUUUGGAAAAAAAGAAAUAAUCUAACAAUGAGAAAAAUAUCUAUAUGAAAAGUAUGCUUCCAAAGUGUGUGUUUGAAUUUGGGAAUUUUGCCAUUCUACUGAGCUUUCUGAAAGGUUUAUUAUGAAAUAAUGUGACUUUAUGGAGUUUGAGGGGCUUGAGAUACCAAAAAGCACAAUUUCUUGUUAAACUGCUAUAAUAUGAUUGAGUGUCCAUUGUGGUAGCUCUUUUUUUUGCCUAUCUGACCAUUAUAAUCUCCAAAUUUUGAGAUGACAUAAAGAAUCCUUUCAAUCUGUUCAUUAAUCAUCUUGCAUUAGGCAAAAGGGAGAGAUGCAUCUGGUUUGUUUCUGCUCAGAAAUCACAUGGAAUUCCCAGCCUUAUUUGUUCUUUAUUUGCUUGAAAAAAAAAAAAAGGGUUGGAUUUUGUACUUAGUGGUUAUUUUCUCUGAAACCUGCUGGAAGUUAGAAAGGUCUCCUUUUAGCUCAGUGACAAGAGAGUCUGUCCAGUAAAUUGAAGAGACAGCCUGGUUUUUAUCUCUCCUGCAGUGGAAUGUGGUCUGGGAAGGACUAGGUCAUGGAAAUCACUGGUGGAUCUGAUUUGGUCAUGCUGAUUAAUGUUAACAAGAUGCCAGGGGUAUCCUUGCUGCCCUCCACAGUGGCAGGAGUAGGUGCUGAAGUCUGAAGUCUUGUCUGAAGUAGCAUUUAUGGUGUCCUCAGAUGUUCAGAGGGCCGGUGGUUGUUUGAUGAAACAGGGAAAGUCUUCAGCAUUUCUUUUCCUUCAUCUCUUUGAAAGGAGCUUAGAUUUUCUUCCUUGCUCUCCCAAGUAUUUCCUCUGGUGCUGAUGGGAUGCCUUUGGUUUUGGUCAUGGGAGGAUCUUUUUCCCCCACGUUGUUGUUUUGUUACCGUGGUCAAUUUGGAACAAUCUGCUUAUGCUGCCUUUGAGGGGUUAAGUCCUUCUGUAGCAUCAGCUCUGCUUUACUGAGAAGUUCUGUGUUUCUCUUCCAUCUCUGGAGGAGAAAGUGGUUCUAGAUCCAUGCUCCCUGCUGUCCCAUCUGCUCUUUUCCAGGUGGCAGGACUGUUCAUUUCUGUAAAGAUCCCUUUUAUUUUGGCAGCUGUAGCACAGGCAAAAUUUUCCUCCACCUUUGUAAAUGUGGGAGAGCUUUAUGUGUGGAGCUGAACCAACUUCUCUCCUGGCACAGAGCAGCAGCAGUGGUGAGUAGGGUGUGCUCUGAGCAGGAAUUGCCUCUCUGUUGCCUGUUGCAUGACAGACAGGAUGUGACAAGUGGAUAUAAUAGCAUUGGGAAUGUCUUCUGCUGUCUCACCCACCAGAGAGAAGAUCUGGAUAGAGGGUUGAGCAGGUUCUGACAAUGGAGGCUUUACAGAAACCAAGACUCAUUUGAUUUGGAUGGAGUGCCCCCUGAGAUCAUUUAGGCAGCAGAGCACUGACAGAGCAUUCAGGGCUCUGUUUUAUUUUCUCUCAGUUACUUCAUGAGGCUUUGAGGCACAAAGCCCUGCACAGAGUCACAACUGGUUCACUCCCUGCUCAGGUCAAGAAGCAGAGUUGUGCCCCAGGCAGGAUGGCCAAACCAUAGUUUGAGGGUUUCUGGGUCCCUUGAUGGCCCUGUUGUUGGACAGGACAUGCCCGGGCUCACAUGAUGAAGGAGACACCAGUGCACCAUCAGAAGAUCCUACGAUAGCUUAAAAUAUAUAGAAAAAGUGCUGUAAUUUAAAGUCAUUGAAAUCCUUCUCUGAAAUAUGGACUCAGUUAGCAAAUGAGGUCAUAAUGCCUGUGAAUUAUUUCUGUUCUACAUUCAGAAAAAGAUAGUUGUUCAAACAAGCAAUGGAUCAUCUCAAUCCUGAUGAGAAUUAGCCUGGAACCACCAAAGCAGUCAUGCCCUCCAGCCCACAGUCCUUUACUGGAUAUACAUGGAAGAGAUGUAAUGCUGGCAGAAGCUGAAAGGACAAUCUUCCCCCUUCUCAGUAGGCCUGUCCCAUCUCUGAGGCUUCCUUCAGUCUCAAAUAUGCACCUUGAAUUCCUUUCCUGAGGUGCUAAUGGCAUUAGCUGUGGGGACACUCAGCUCUUCCUGCUGCCAGUCCCUGUUUGGAUCAUGAGCUCAGUACUGAUGACAUCACUUGGCAGGGAAAUUUUGUACAGCUCUUCCUGAGCACCAGAUGAGCCUUGUACUGCCCAGCCAAUUUGAGCCUUCAAGAUGAGCAACCAAACCACCUUUCUGGGGGUGCUGCUUGGGGUCUCUUCAUCACCGUCCCCGAGAUGCAUCGUGAGGGGUUGAGUGACACUUGGAUUCGCUCCGAAGAGGCAAAAAGCUCUUAACUUGAUGAGACACAGAUUAUUAUCCCACUCCUAUUGAGUUCCUUGACUCGAUUCACACCAAUAAAUUAAAGAGAGCAGGACCUGGCACUCAGCUGUCACAGUUCUUUGGUUGUAAGCAACGUGUUGGCACAGUUUUGGCUGCAGAAAGCGAGCGUCGAUGCAAACAAUUCCCUAUGUGAGGAUUUAGAAUUGGGUCUGGAGACAGCAGGCGCUUUGGUUGUGGGCACCCUGUCUUGGAAGCCAAGGGACACUGUCACAGGGAGAAAGGAUGGGCCCUGGAAGUGUUUCUUUUAUUUAUUACAGACACAGUCACCAUGAACUUUGUCAGAUAAAUGUCAUGACAAGCUAUGUGAUAGUCAAGAGGAGGUAAUAUUAGGCUAGACCUGCAAACUAGUCUCUGCUUAAUAAGAGAGACAAGGUUUGAGGGAGAGAUCAUAUAUUUUACAAGAAAUAUAUAUUUUAUUAUUAAAAUACCUCCCCCUCUAAACCCUGCCUCUUGUAUUACCUUAGACUAUUCCAGCUCCCAAAACGUGACUGGAAAGUGCUUAGAAAUGCCUAAAAAAAAUGGAUUUCGCCUCAGUGUUGCCAUUCCAGUGUUAGCAAAUCUUUCGUGGCCCUUUUAAUCCUUGUGACUUGCACCCUGUUCUUCUCCCAGGGUACACACCAAAGCAGGAGGCUUCGACUUUGCAAGGUGCCAAAGGUUUCUUAUGAAGUCCAAAAAUACCAUCCCUGCUUUCCAUGGGAGCUGAGGGGAUCAGUUUGUUCCAGGAAGAGCCCAGAAUUUAUUUUUUUUGCCAUGCCUUGCCUUUGUUAUGCUGCCAACAGAGCCUCAAGGACAGCAUAUGGCCUUGUUACACUUGUUUUCUCGGUAUUUUUUUAAAAAUCAAGACUCCACGAGUUUUAAUGGUGUAAAAUGUGCUGUGUUUAUGGGUAUUUCCCUUCCAUAAGCAAGAUAUUUCUGCAGAAUUCAGCACCUUCAGAGCUGGCUGCAUUUUCCUGCAAUCAUUCCUAGUUUUUCAGGCUAGGGGAGUUUUACUGGCUAUUUUUUUUUCUGGCUUCCCCCUCAAAUCCAAGACUGAUUUCAAAUGUAAUUCUUUGUUUUCUUCCUAAAACCUGAUGCUCACUAGAAACUCAGCCUCGAGCUUUCCUAAAACUCAUGGCCAAGAGCAUCGAGAUAAUUUGCAUCAAGUGAGGCCUGGGGAGGAAUUCAGCACCACAACAUGAGAUUGGGUUAAGAAACCCCAGAUUUGGCAAAUCAGGGGCUGCACAACUCUCUGGAUCACUUGUUUACUCACUCCAUCAGGUCCUGUAUUCAAUACAUCAGAUGUUUUUGCAUUAUUACUUUUUUUUUCUAUAAAUAUGUCACAUUUUAUCAGGAAAAACAAACAUCUUUGCCACUUCUUGUAUCAUAACACAAGCAAUUUUUAUCCAUAUCAGCCAAAUAUUCAUAAUCCAAACUGCAGAGAUCACAAAUAACACUUUAUUUGAGCAGCAUAGUUUCUUUGUCAGGAGAAGAAGUGCCUGGUUUACAUGAAGCAAGAAGAGCUGAAAUUAAUCUGGUAUUAAAAAUUACACCAGGCAAUUGACAAAACUAUUCUCUGCUCCUUUCUCGUUUGGUCUACUCUGAAAUUAUUUCAGCAGUGAUUAAAAUCUGAUUAUUGUCAUGUCCCAUGGCUACAGCUAUUUAUUUAGCUAUUUACGGAGGUCCAGAAGAGGAGUCCUUUAACCUUGCAGGCUUUUGGCAGCCCCAUGUGCAGCCAGAUGUUCUUCCCCAGGUGUGUCCAGGCUGGAUAAUCGUGGCAGGAUCUUGGGAUGAUUUCUUUUGGAAGCACUAAGAAGAAAAAAUGCCAGUUUUGUCCUUUGAAAACUUAUCUCAGUAGCAGCAACAUCAGAUUUUAGUACAUGGCUUGUUCUCUCUUCUUUAUUAAGGUACCUUUCGUGUCCAUCCCCGUGACAAUUUGUCACCCCUCCAUACCUUAGAUGGGGGUGGGGGAAGUGAGGCAAGAUAGUGACACCCUGUCAUUCUUCCAGGGGAUUUUAUUUCUUCCCCUUGCUCUUCAUCCAGAACUGAAAAGGUCUCCCCCCAGAGCUCCAGUGGGAAUCUCUGGAGUUUCAAGGGUUUGAGUGUCUCCACUAGAAACAGGAACUCUUCAGUGGAAGAGAUCCUCAGGUUCUCGACCUUUCUGCUUGCUCCAUAGAGGUAAUAUUUUAAAAUUAAUUUAAAAGUAAUUUAAAAUUAAAAUUUUAAAAAAAAUGACCUGGACACUUCGGGAGGCCUUACAGAAAAGAUGUGAAAAUAAGUAACUUUGCAAUCGAGAGUGAGAUUUUUAUCUCACCUCACUUUAGACAUCCACAGUGUGGAUGCCUCACUUGUGUAGAUUAAUGAAUGGAAUACCAUUUUUACAUCCUGCAGAAAGGAAUACGCCUUUCUGAGAUGCAAUUCCUGUCAUUGUAAAGCAGCUGCCUGCGCUCUGUCAGAUGAAUCAUGACCUAGAAAUGUCUGUGUCUGUCUUGAUUGUAGAAGAAGUCCGAGGUACCAACUCAAACACGAGCAUCAAUCUCUGUUUGUUCAGCUAACGAGGCUCCCAGUGUCCCCAGACCAAGAUCAAUUGUUAAAGUGUGCCCUGCAGAAUCCUCACCUGUCAAGGUGAUCUUCUGUUUGGGAAGAAAAGAACUCCUCACGUCCAACGUUGAGUCAAGUCGCUGUCAUUUAAAAUUUCUCUAUUUCUGCAAAACAUUAAUGGCCACUUUACACCUUAUUUGCACAGUAGCGCUUCCAAACCAUCUCAUUUUCAUCUUCUUCCCCAAAUCAGGGUUUCAGCAAGCAGAGAAUUGUCACCUGCUGAAAAUGCAGGGCUGCUUUCAGUCCAGGUUUGGUCACAGCCAACAUUGCCUAGUUUGGGAAUUAAAAUAAAUUUGCAGCACAGCUUUAAACAACCCAGACCAGCUUGUCAAGCCCCUCCAAAGGGACACUGUAAGGUCCUUACAGAUUUUUAUUGCAACACUAUAGAAACAAUUCAAAGGCUUGAACUGCAAUGACUGAUUCUGUGUCACUGGAGGAGAAAUCCCUCCGUCUCUUGCACAGAAUCAGCAUCUUUUUCUUUUUUUUUUUUUUUUUUUUCUGUCAGAACAAACGGAAUUGUUCCUUUUCAUCUUCCAAAGAGGUUUUAGAGGACUGAUGCCAAUGAUCCAGCGCUGAGACAUUCCCUGUGUUCCACAAAGCACAGAUCUUGCUGAUUUCCUUGAGAAGGUCUCGCUGGAAACAAGCUACAGGUGCAUUGGGAUGAGAGGAAUUGUGCUGACAGCUGCUGUGGAGAAGCAGCUGUGUUGCCUUGGUGUGAAAUGAAGGAACAAAAAUUUAAGGCAGCUGUUGCUCCAAGAUGGAUUGAUAAGUUCAAGAUGGAAUAAGCUAUCACUGAAAUGUGUUGGUGCUUUAAAAAAAUCCAAGCCUGCAUAGAUUUUUAAGACAGAAUAUUCCUGGUAAGAUCCACUUUAUCUUACUUGGAUAACUAAAAGUUAACUCUCCAAACUCAAGCUGGUGCUGCUCAACUUCCUCUUUGAUUCUUGGAGAACAAGACUCACCUCUCCUAGCAGAGAUAUCUAAAGGAUGAGAGAUCAAUCAUUCUCUGGAAAUGCCAAUUUCCUUCCACUAACUACAAAGGGAGCCAAGGGUGAUCCUCUCACACAAUGUGGAGAUCACAGGACAUUUUCAGCAAGUUCUUUUGUAUAGGAAUGAGGCAACAUUCCUGCUGUCCUUCUUCCAUCUGCAAUUCAUCAGAGAAGUUCAGACAUUACCAUCCAAGGGGCAAAAUCACCCAAAAAGGUCCUCACUCUUUCGCAGAAUAACAAAGCCUGACCCUCUCAAGGAGCCUCACAGUCUCACAUCCCAAAGCUUGAUAGAGUUUAAUAGAAGCAACUUGGCUCAUCAAACUUUCACCACUUCUUUUCUAGCCUCAGAUCUUGUCCUUUAAUUGUCUGCAUAUUUUCUGUGCAGGCAAUAAAAAAAGUCUUCAUGGACAUUCUGACUUUUCAGCAUUUUGGGGUUAGGCUUGUGGUUCGCUGCCUUGUUGUUGCUUAGAGUUUGGGAGGAGUGGUGCUUUUCCUUUUACAAGGUGUUUUUUUGUUGUUGUUGAAUUUGUCUGUUAAAUUGAUUUUUGCUUUAGAAUAAUGAUCAGAGCUAAAGAAAUGCCUCCUGCAAUGAGGCAGCACACCUAGAACAUACCUCCAUGCUUUGAGUGCUGCUCCACUCAAGCUCCCAGAGAAAUGUGUCAUGUAAUUAAAGCCCAGGGUAGAGGAGCACUGGGAUGGGAAUGUGUCCAAUCCUUGAUCCUUUCCUCUUUAAAGGGAUAAGAAUCCUUCCUGACCAGGGAUUUUGUCAAGGUUUUUACUUUUCUAUGGGGCAGAUCUCUAUGAGCUCCCACGGUGCUGGGCAGGCUGGAGCAGCAAAGCCAGGCUCUGCCCAAAAAAGCAGGGAGUUUUAAAACUAAGGUGACCAAGGUACAGUGGCAGGUUGGAGAUGUGUUGGGAGAGAGGAGUGGAUUCCUACAUGGAAUUCCUGCAAGCAGGAGCUGAGGGGCAAUGGUGGAACUGACUGUAGGAAGACCUGAUGGGAGGAUGAUGUGUUGGACAGAAAUAAAGUGUGGUGACUGAUACAACCAAGAGAAUCCCACUCUUGUGUUGGACUCCUGCUGCUUCUUAAAGUCUCACAAGUGUCCAGAGGAGAGGUAAAGAUGGAUGAACUUAGAAAAAAAAAUUUAUCCUUGUCUCCCUUGAGCUCAUAAUGCUCCUCAAACCUCCUACGGGCUCUGGCUGGGACUGCAUUUUGCUGAGGAUUGUAGAUGCAAUUUUUAAAAUACAUUUUUCAAAGUACAUUUUUUUUUUGUUAGUCUAAAAUAUUCCUUUUAAGUAAUUCUGCAGCCUUUGCCACCUGAGUACUGUAUAUUUACUUACCCACCCAUUUGGGGGUGAGGAGAGUAGCUGGAAGAGGGAUUAAACCCACUUACCUUUUGCUCUCUAAAAGUUUAAAGUGUCUGGUUUGACCUCUUUGCAUCUGCUCCCUCUGUCAUCAGUGGAAUCAGAUGGGCCCCCCUGGAGAGGAAUUCCACCCCCCUUUUUUGGGUUUAACUUUCAAUAACUUGAACUCAGAUGAAACUCAUCCUAUUUACCCAAGUAAAGGCAACGUGAGGAGGUAGAAAUUGCAGAAUCAAGCACUAAAUAAAUUCCUGAAAUGCUGUUCAGGGAAAGGAACAUUCCUGCUGUAAGCCUGUAUUUUUGGUGGUUAGGAAGUCAGCUGGAUGCAACUUCUUGGAGCUGUGUUUUGACCUGCAGCCUCAGGUUUUCCUGGCUAUUUUCUGAUUACUGUGUUUUCUCACUUAGAUAAAAGUCGAGUUGGCUAUAAAGUAAAAUCAGUGUGUUUGACUAAAUUAGUGAGUCACCAUGAAGCUUCAGGGAUUGUUUGGGUGUCCUGUGCAGGGCCAGGAGUUGGGCUUCCAUGAUCCUUGUGGGUCCCUUCCAACUCAGGAUAUUCUGUGAUUCUGUUGCCAUUCUAAAGCUUGCUUAACUCCAAGUCAAAGCUGGAUGCAAAGAGACAGGAGUGUCCAAAAAUCGUGUGGAUGUGGCACUUGAGGACAUGGGUUUAGUGCUGAACGUGGUGGUGCUGAUGGGUUGAUGGUUGGACUCGAUGACCUGAGAGGUCUUUUCCAACCUGAAUGAUUAUGUGAUGACUUUAGGUGAUUUGUGUGUGUGUCCAGGGCAUGUGAUGGGCUGGACAGAGAGAUGUGGAGAGAGGGCAGAUGUUCCUCAGCAGUGACAGACACAGAGAUGGUUCCUCUCUGAGCACUGGGAUGUUCUGCUGUACUUUCAGGGUAGACACAGGUAUGAAGUGGUGGGACCUCAGCUGCUCUUAUCCAGCCCUCAGAGACAGGGCAGUCAGCUGCACUAAGGUCAUUCUGGAUUAAACCCAUUAAAUCAAGGGGUUGAACUUGGUUUUGCUCCAGUGAUUUCCUGAAUUCUCUCCUUUUUGGUGGCUUGCUUAGCGUGAAGUUGGCUUUUUGGGGCAGGAGCUGAGCAUCUUCCCUGAGUUAGCUGGGUUAUUGCAGGGCUGCAGCCAUUUGCAUCUCAUCUUGACCAUUUUAGAAAAAAAAAAAAACAAAACAAAAAAGAGCCCCUUCCAAAUAGACCUGUGGCUUGGAGUCCCAGAGCCACUGUGGAUGAUCCUUCUUUAGGGAACUCGUCCACCCCCAAAAAAAAAAAAAAAAGUAGAUUUUUUUUUAUAACAUCAAAUGCACAAA